CAAAGAGGAUCGUGAGGAAAUAUCCGAGACCGUUUCCGGACCACUGUCCGAAGAAUGCCAUGAGCGUCAUCAUGAAGGUGCGGUAGCGGGCAUUCGGGGUGUUGAACAACUCUCUGGUGUCCCACCAGCGCUUGUCCGAGGCAUCCUGCUUGAUGGACUUCUCGAAUUCCCGCAUCUCCAGCUGGACCAGGGGCGAGUUGGGGUCGUCGUUGCCGUGGUAACGGGCAAGCACAGCCAGCGCAUCGUCCUUUCGGCCGACAGCGAGAAGCCAUCGGGGCGACUGCACCGAGAUUUCAGGAUGGCCGGAAGGAAAGCAUUCAGUCGACUCACUUCGGGGAGGAAGAGAGCGAAAACAGCGAGGAUGCCAGCUGCGACGAUCUGGAUGGCGAGCGGGGCUCUCCAAGAUCGGGUGCUUUGGAGACGUCCCGUGGCAAUCGUGAUGCCGCUGCAGAGAAUCGAACCGGCGUAGUAGAAGG